AUGCUUCGCUCGUCGGAGAUGAGGGCCAGGGAUGUGCGGGUGAUUUAUGGCCCCAGGUGGAGGUUAGGCACAGCGUUCACAGACGCUGCUUUACGAGCAGAUAUUCCUAGUGAGAAUGGUGCACUGAGAGAAAGGGACUUGUCCCUGGAGCUUUGUAGGAUCAGGGAUGAAGUGGCGGUGGCCGUGGGUCGAUGGGAGUGUCUGCAGGGUGAGAAGGAGGAGUUGGAGAACCGUUUCCAGGAGCAGCUGAAGGAGCUGAGGGUGCAGAAGCAGAAGGAGCUCCAGGCUCUGCAGGAGAUACUGAGACACGAGCAGCAGGAGGAGACGGAGCUCCUGCAGAAACAGCAGCACAACCAGCUAGAGCAGCUCUGCUCACAGCACCACCAACAGGUGGAGGAGAUGACUCAGAGUCAUGAGGCUGCCCUGCAGGAGAUGGGGGCAUCUCACAGUUCCACCCUGGUCACUUUACAGGAGGAGUACAACAGGUCCAUCAAGAAUUUGAAGAUGGCUCAUGAACAGGAGAAGAAAUCUCUGGAGGAAGAAUUUGAGAAGCUCAGACUGUCACUGCAGGAUCAGGUGGACACACUGACGUUUCAGAACCACAGUCUGAGAGACCGAGCAAAACGCUUUGAGGAGGCCCUGCGCAGAAGCACUGAUGAACAGAUUGUGGAUGCCUUGGCCCCAUACCAGCACAUAGAGGAGGACCUAAAGAGUCUUAAAGAGGUUCUGGAGAUGAAGAACCAUCAGAUCCACGAACAGCAGCUGAAGAUAUCUGAGCUGGAGAGAACGGCCCAGAAGAAUGUGUUGUUGGAGGAGCGUGUUCAGGUUCUCCAGCAGAAGAAUGAAGACCUCAAGGCGAGAAUAGACCUGAAUCUUGCCUUGUCCAGGCAGUUGUCAGAGGAGAACGCUAACCUGCAGGAAUACGUGGAGAAAGAGAGCAAUGAGAAGAAGCGUCUGAGCCGAACCAACGAGGAGCUUCUCUGGCGGCUGCAGACGGGGGAGCUGAGCCCACGGAUGUCCCCCAACCAGUCGCCCCUACAUAGGCCCCCUGUGGACUCUGCCUCGCCUACUCGCCUCCCACCCUGCCCUCCGUGAGCCCCGCCCACUCCCACCUGCGCCUCCGUGAUCUCCGCCCACUCAGGAUCAUUGCAGGGCUGCUGUCACUCCUAUGUUAGCUUCUUCUGUAAAGAUUUAGCAGACAGGCAGAGAAGUGCUUCCUGUAGCAUCACAGACUGUGUUUAACAUACUUAGGUGCCGAUAACCGUACCUUCUUUACCGUAAGGAUGGUGCAUCAUGAUUUCAGUACCUCAAGAGGAGUGGGGUUAAGUUCAAACCUACAAACCUUUGCAAAUCAUCAAUUUAAUUGUGAACGAACAAAUGGUACCUUCCAUGUAAUAUGGUUUCCACGGAUCAUAGGUCUCGAAUAAGAACAUGCAGAACGUUUGUUUGUUCGUCAACAUUAGUGAUCCGCAGGGAGUUGAAUGCAGUCGUUUCUAUCGUAGUACACAGUGCAAAUGCAUCUGACAAUUAUUGGCAUGCUCUGUAUAUUUAAUGGUGACCAUCUCUCUUGCUUGUAAGCAUUUCUGAUUUUCCUGGGAUAAUGAAAGGAAUGAAUAGGAUAACCAGGAUACAGAACACCUGUACUUAAGGACCGUCUUUAAUUCAGCUUUUCCAAAGGAAAUAGACCCACCAGCUGUCUGCUCUCUAGAUAUUAAAAGAUUAAAACACAGCCAGUACCACAUUAACACACAUGCAUUAUCACUUUAAACCCAAAAAAUAUCUUUCUCUAUCAAAUUAGAUGCCACAUGGCAGUAGGCCCUACAAUGUCCAUUACUGUCUGUGCUUUUGAAAUAUCUGCCCCUACAAAGAGCUUUUCUUACUGCUAUUCUUCAUUCUUUUAAUACUCUUAGUUGGAGGGUUUCCUGAACACCUGAGUGUGUGUGUGUGUGUGUGUGUGUGUGUGUGUGUGUGUGUGUGUG